AGCGGAGGGACGGAGGGAGCGAGCGGGCUGGCGGCCCCGGCCCGCCGUGGCCUCCCCGCCUGAGCCAGCGAGGCGGUGGCUGGUUUCCUCAGAGAUCAGUGCCGGGAAACACGGAGCGCGUCGAGCCAGGUUGGAAACGUGUUGGCGGCACGGUUUGGGGACGUAGGUCGUGAAAAAUGCCUAAGAAGAAGACUGGUGCUCGUAAGAAAGCUGAGAACCGCCGUGAACGUGAAAAGCAGAUAAGGGCUUCAAGAGCCAACAUAGAUUUAGCCAAACAUCCUUGUAAUGCUUCGAUGGAAUGUGAUAAGUGCCAAAGACGACAGAAGAAUAGAGCUUUUUGCUACUUCUGCAACUCAGUUCAAAAACUACCCAUUUGUGCACAAUGUGGAAAAACCAAAUGCAUGAUGAAGUCUUCAGACUGUGUUAUAAAACAUGCUGGUGUGUACAGUACUGGACUAGCAAUGGUGGGUGCAAUCUGUGAUUUCUGUGAAGCUUGGGUGUGUCAUGGGAGGAAGUGUCUGAGCACACAUGCGUGUACCUGCCCUCUCGCAGAUGCAGAAUGUAUUGAGUGUGAAAGAAGCGUCUGGGACCAUGGAGGCAGAAUAUUUGCCUGCUCUUUUUGCCACGAUUUUCUCUGUGAAGAUGAUCAGUUUGAACAUCAAGCCAGCUGCCAAGUUCUGGAAGCAGAGACAUUUAAAUGUGUUUCCUGUAACAGACUUGGGCAGCAUUCAUGUCUGCGUUGUAAGGCUUGCUUUUGUGACGAUCAUGUGCGAAGUAAGGUUUUCAAGCAGGAAAAAGGAAAAGAGCCUCCCUGUCCUAAAUGUGGCCAUGAAACUCAGCAGACCAAGGAUCUGAGCAUGUCAACGCGUUCUUUGAAGUUCGGCCGACAGACUGGAGGUGAAGAUGCAGAUGGAGCUUCUGGAUAUGAUGCCUACUGGAAGAACCUCUCCUCCAGCAAGCCUGGAGAUGCAGGUGACCGUGAGGAUGAAUAUGAUGAAUAUGAAGCAGAAGAUGAUGAUGAAGAUGAUGAUGGAGGAGGGAAGGAUUCUGAUGCUGAAACCACAGACGUAUUCAGCAAUUUGAAUUUAGGAAGGACCUAUGCAAGCGGGUAUGCACAUUAUGAGGAACCAGAAGAUUAAGUUUAGUACGCUGGCUAGCUAAAAACACUCGGAAAGGAUCCAAGCAGUGCUUCACUUGAGCUCUGUACGUGCCAGUAGGAUAGCUCUAUCAGGUACUUGCAUAUUCAAGUUAUAGAGCAAAGAACAUGGAACUUCUGCAGUAACUCCAAGUGAGAUUUUUUUUUUUUUAAUAUAUAAACCAAUAUUGGGUUUGGGGUUGGGGGAGAAAACAGGAAUAUUUUUAUUCCCCUGAGCAAUGGAAGUGGUUUUGUUCUUGAGUUAUUGAGUAUAAUGGUUCAGUGCCAUUUUCUCCUAUCAAUACAGGAACAUGAGAAAGUUCUACUACUUGCUUCCGUUUGCUCAUCAGAAAUUAAGUUAUUUUUUACAAUUAUUUUGUUAACUAAUUUCAUAACAUUAAUGUAGUGGUAGGUUGGUGACUGCAUUAUUUUUGGUCUGCACAAUAAAAAUCAACUGCAUUCUU